CGGCCGAUGCUGCCAGAUCCUCCAAUUGAGGAAAGAGACGAAGCCUCUCUGCGGAAAGAGCGAAUUAGGCUCUCUCAAAGAUCCUAUCGUAACAGGAAAGAUGCAAAGCACACAGCUGUAAUAGAGAGAGCCGAUAGGCUUGAGCUCGCACUUGAGAAAACCGUGAGGUCCUUCACAAAAUUUCAGGACCUUACAAUGCAAGGGGAUGAUCUCCCGCCUAAAAUUGCGCUGGCACUCAGUAGAACUGCGAUUGAGAUUGCGGGAUAUUCUCAAGCGGCGCGCUCCGAAGGAGGAGGAAAGAUCAGCAAAGGAGACCGCGUAGAUAUGGCAGGAAUUGCUGUGACAUGCGGUCUAGAAGAAGAAACAUACACGUACACACCUCCUUCAACGAUUCUAGAGCCAGCCGCAAGCGGGAGUCAAGCGCUUAACUUCACGUCUUCCACAGACUCCCAUUUUGCCGUACUAGCCGCCGAAAGCACUCCGAUUUCAUCGAAUCGGGAGCAAACCCUGCGCGGAAGUCAAAAGCUUGAUAUAACCCCCACACAUACUAUAGUGUCAACGGAAACUCACCCCACAGCGUCCCCAAUCCCGCAAUUUACUGCCUUCAACUGGACACCCACAUCUUCGACCUCAACCGUCCCCGCAACCUUUCACCAUACAACUCCACCUCCCCAACAAUACCCCACCACUAUCCCCCGCCAACUCUUAGGCCCCCUCUUCCCCUGGACAUCCACGCAUACGAACCUCUCCUUCGCACAACGCCUCCGCCUCUCCUCCGUCGAACGCGGUCUUCAGCUCCUCUCCUCCCAGCACCCGGAUCUACAGCGCGGUCUUUUCAUCCACCUUAACAAGGAAUCCAUUCCUUUGAUCCGAAAACUCACCGAGGAGACCCUAAUGCGUCUCCCAUCUAUAACUUCCUGUGGUCCGGCGCCCCCGACUGUGUUGAGGCUUCCCGAGAUGUACCGUGCGGUCGAAGGUGCAAGAUUUUUUGAUGAGGGUUUUAAUGGGGAGACAAGGCAAAUAGUAGAGAGGAGCGUCAGUGACGAUCUGGCCAGGUUGGUGUACGGGAGGACAAGGACCUGGGUCGUUACAGAUGUGAGGGGGUUUGAGGGUGAGUGGCUGGAGCCGAUUGACGUGCAGGAGUAUUUGGAGCAGAAAGGGGUCUGGCUUGGGAGGAGUGAGGGCGUCGUGGAGGUUUGUGCGCCUGAGGACAUUUGGAGUCCGUUCCAAAAUCUGCAUUCGCAGGUCCCGGCGUUUGCACAGUCUUCGAUGGCGGAUUAUCCGGCUAUGGAAAGUUUUGCCGCUCCUACUGUGGAAGGGUUGAAUACUAGUAAUCCAGAUUGGGCUCUAUGGGAGGGUUUUGAUAUUGAAAAUCCGAGGGCGGCGCCAGGGCUGGGUGGUUAUGUGCCUGCGAGCGAGAUAUAUGCAGCUGGCGAAGCUGCCUCAACCAUCGUCUCGACGACAAUAAACAUCACACGGUUGAUCGAGACGCUUGCCAUGAGCGCAGUGUGUAUCGGGCCUGGACCUGGAAACAAGAAAGCGGAUGUGGACCAAGCGUUAAGAGUUGCUAUUUCUGGGUUCUGAAGUACUCACUAAUUUCCUCACUUUAAUAGCGAUUCCAUCGCCUUAAUUGC